AUGAUGAUGAUGCAGAUUCCGAUUCCGAUUCCGAUGCCGAUGGGGUGUCAUUCAAAUUCAAAUUCAAAUGGUAGGGGUUGCAAAACGAGCAUGGAAAUAAAAUGGGCAAACAGCAGAGGAAGAGGCAAAAGAAGAGUACCCAUUUACAUCUCCGUUAAUCCAUCUCAUGUUAACCCACUGCACCUCAGGGACCUCUUCGCCUCCUGCAACCACUCUUCAGCAGCUGUUGAUUUAAAUAAGCUCCGUCUCGCCCUCUCCCAUACCUCUCUUCUCGUCUCCGUCUUUGCCAAUUUACAGCAUUCACCUCCUCCGUUUCUUCCUUUCCCUGUGGGUAUGGUGUCUCCCUCCAAGUCCCAGCUCAUUGGCUUUGGCCGCGCUGUUUCUGAUUUGGGAUUGACUGCUUCCAUCUACGAUGUUGUGGUUAUCCCUCCCAUGCGCAGAAUGGGAAUUGGAAAGAUGAUUGUUCACAAAAUCAUUAGAAUUCUCACCAGUAAAGACAUUUAUGAUAUUGCCGCCCUUUGUUCUGCCGAUCAGAGGUUGUUCUUUGGAGCAUGUGGUUUUGGAGAUGACAUAUUGGGUUCCACUACAAUGAUGUAUGCUCAACCACAAGAAGGUGCUGCUCCACUAGCUGAUAAGGCCCUUUCAACUUCGCAAGACUAGUUUCAAACUCUAAACUUUAUCAAACUUUUGUAUCCUAUGUACUCUGUAUGUAAACACAUUCUUCAUUCAUUCUAAUUACUACUGGUUGCCUUCAACCUAAUUAACCAA